AUGGAUACACUUAAACAAUUUUUUGAAGAAUUAAAAGUUCAUUAUAGAUGUCAAGCAAACGCUGAUAAUAUUAUAAAACUUUAUGCAAUAUCACAAGAUCCUGAUUCUAAAGAAUACAUCUUGAUAAUGCAAUAUGCUGAUAAAGGAAGCUUAAGAGAACAUCUCUACUCCAGCUUUAAUAAAGAUUAUAAAUGGAAUGAAAAGAUCACAAAUGGAUACUAUUCACCUGUUAAUAAUACAUAUUUGUAUUUUACUGAUGAAGAAUAUGAAGAAAAUAAAAAACUUCGUUCAAAGUUUAAAGAAUCUGACAAAAUUAAUGCAAAAGUUGAACCGUAUGUUGAAAAAGAAAAGAAUAAAGAUGCAUUUUAUUUUAGCAGAUUAAUGAACUAUAAAGAACAAAUUUCUAAAGCUUUAGGUAAUACAAAACAAAGUCAACAUGAGAAAUCUCAAGAACUUAAAACUUCAG